CCUGCCUGAAACUUGGGCGCUCCUUCAGUCUGAGUGUUGAUGGCAGGACAAAGGGGCACCUGGACCAUGGACGACGUGGUAGAGAAGAGUUUGGAAGGGCCCUUGGCACUGUCUACAGAUGAGCCCCCCGAGAAAAGGGGAGACCUGGUAGAAAUCUUAAAUGGGGAUAAAGUAAAAUUUGAUGACACAGGACUCUCCUUAAUUCUGCAGAAUGGCCUGGAGACCCUGCGGGUGGAAAACGCUCUGACCGACGUCAUCUUGUGUGUGGACAUCCAGGAAUUCUCCUGCCACCGCGUGGUGCUUGCCGCGGCCAGCAACUAUUUCAGGGCCAUGUUCUGCAAUGAUUUAAAGGAGAAGUAUGAGAAGAGGAUCGUUAUCAAAGGGGUGGACGCGGAAACCAUGCAUACUCUGCUGGACUACACGUACACCAGCAAGGCGCUCAUCACCAAACAGAACGUCCAGCGCGUCCUGGAAGCUGCUAACCUUUUCCAGUUCCUGCGGAUGGUGGAUGCCUGUGCCAGCUUCCUUACAGAAGCCUUGAACCCAGAAAACUGUGUUGGAAUCCUGAGGCUGGCAGACACGCAUUCCUUGGACAGUCUAAAGAAGCAGGUUCAGAGUUACAUCAUCCAGAACUUUGUGCAGAUCCUGAACUCUGAGGAGUUCCUGGAACUUCCUGUGGACACUCUGUACCACAUUUUGAAGAGUGACGACCUUUACGUGACAGAGGAGGCUCAGGUGUUUGAGACUGUGAUGAGCUGGGUCAGGCACAAGCAGUCAGAACGACUCUGCCUGCUCCCCUACGUCCUGGAGAACGUGCGCUUGCCGCUUCUGGACCCGUGGUACUUUGUGGAGAUGGUGGAAGCGGAUCCUCUCAUCAGACAGUGCCCGGAGGUCUUCCCACUGCUCCAGGAAGCCAGGAUGUACCACCUUUCUGGCAAUGAGAUCAUUUCAGAGCGCACCAAGCCCAGGAUGCAUGAGUUCCAGUCUGAGGUAUUCAUGAUCAUUGGUGGCUGCACGAAGGAUGAACGGUUUGUGGCGGAGGUGACCUGCCUGGAUCCCCUAAGGCGCAGCCGCCUGGAGGUGGCCAAGCUCCCCAUGACAGAGCACGAGCUGGACAGUGAGAAUAAGAAGUGGGUGGAGUUUGCAUGCGUGACAUUAAAAAAUGAGGUCUACAUCUCAGGUGGUAAAGAAACACAGCAUGAUGUUUGGAAAUACAAUUCUUCAAUAAACAAAUGGAUUCAAAUUGAGUAUUUGAACAUAGGCCGCUGGAGACACAAGAUGGUGGUGCUGGGGGGCAAGGUCUACGUGCUUGGAGGUUUCGAUGGCUUGCAGAGAAUCAACAACGUGGAGACCUACGACCCUUUCCACAACUGCUGGUCAGAGGCUGCGCCCCUCCUGAUCCACGUGAGUUCCUUCGCAGCUACCAGUCAUAAGAAGAAGCUCUAUGUGAUUGGGGGAGGACCCAAUGGGAAACUGGCGACGGACAAGACUCAGUGUUACGAUCCUUCAACCAAUAAAUGGAAUUUAAAGUCGGCCAUGCCAGUAGAGGCUAAAUGCAUCAAUGCAGUGAGUUUCCGGGACCGUAUCUAUGUAGUUGGAGGGGCCAUGAGAGCGCUGUACGCCUACAGCCCCCUGGAGGACAGCUGGUGCCUGGUGACCCAGCUCAGCCACGAGAGGGCCAGCUGCGGCAUCGCGCCCUGCAACAACCGGCUCUACAUCACUGGGGGGCGAGACGAGAAGAACGAGGUCAUCGCCACGGUGCUGUGCUGGGACCCCGAGGCCCAGAAACUGACGGAGGAAUGCGUCCUGCCCCGGGGAGUGUCCCACCACGGCAGCGUCACCAUCAGGAAGUCGUACACCCAUAUUCGGAGGAUCGUGCCUGGAGCUGUGUCGGUCUGAUCCCGGGCGCGCCGAGGGCGGAGUCACGCGGAGAGCCCGCCUCCCUCAGCCCUGCCCUGCGAUCCUGCUUCGGACACCAGCGAGGCUGGACCGAGGGCUCACCGCGGCGCCCCCUGGAGGCUCCUCGGAAGUCACAGCUUUGGGACACUUGCGACCAGCCAGGAAUGUUUGCGAGACCUACCUCAGGAGGAAAGAAGAGUACUUAACAUGGAGAAGGAAAUGGCAACCCACUCCAGUACUCUUGCCUGGAAAAUUCCAUGGACGAAGGAGCCUAGUCCAUGGGGUUGCAAAGAGUCGGACACGACUGAGCGACUUCACUUAGCAUGUAAGAUACACCUGCCCCUGCCAGGUUCUAUACCAGGCACUUUUGUACACCAAUGCUUUUUACUUUCCUUAUGACCUGAUUACUGGAUAUUAAAACUCCCAUUUGACAGGUGAGGAAACCGAGCUUAAGAGAGGCUAAGUGCUUGGCCUUGGCCUAGGUCAGUCAGAUUCUAAGUAGCUAAACCAGUAGUUUAAACCCAGGUCUUUCCAUCUCGAAGUCAGCGUAGGUUCUGUCUGGCCGUCUAUCCCAGAGCAGGAAAACACAAAGCAAAACAGCUCAUCUUUUGGUCUGACAGGUUAGCUGGAGGAUUCACUCAGCAAAGCAGGGAAAUAAAGGGUUUUUUCUUCUUCUUUCUUCUUCUUUUCCUUAUAUUUAAACCACAUGGGAUCUUUGGUGUGGUAACCUUGGGCCUGUUGUCAAGAGUGUAUCAUAGGUUGUUCCAUCUGACAGUUCUGCGGAGAUGGGUCUGGGAAGACCUGCUUGCUCUGGAACAUGUAAAAAACUUUUGUCUUCCUCAUCAAAAACCUCUAUCUUUUAUGAUCACAGGAGGCCCACUGUAGCCUGGAACUGUCACUGCCGGACAGAAUUGUACCUUCAGCACAGCCCAGUGCCCUAGCCUUUUAAUGUCCAACAGUUGUAUUACAAUGUAGAAAGAUUUUUCCAGAGAGUCAGAAUACUGUUUUGUUUCUUGUUUGUUUGUUUUAUGUAAACAUUCUUACACUGCUGGCCUCUGAGGAAGGACUGGCUCUUGACAGUAUACAUUCUAAUUUUUAGACAGUGAUUUGGGUCCAUGUCCCUGUGACUCCACCUGCCUGGAAGCUUCAUUUUCAGGAUCCUUUUAAUCCCUCCUAUUUGGUUUUUGGAUCAGGUUGGCACAGUUUUGACUUAAAGAACAGAGUCUGUUCUUUACUGUCAGAGAUAGAGCUUUCAAAUGAGCUCACUGGAAAUUCAUUCUAAUCCCGGAGUUGGGGAAACAGAUUAAGAUAUCCUGUUUCAGAUGCUGUACUUAAAAAGCAACAAUAAUGGUAACAACAUAGUAACUACAUUACCUAAUGUCCUUUAUUUUCAUCAUAUGAUUUCAAAUCUCUUUAUAGAGUUUUAUUUCAUGUCAGAUGUGCCAUUUUGUGCUUGUACAUCAGCAGUUUGGGAAGACAGAGGUAUUAGAGUUGAUAGUGAAUUUAACUUUCAUAGAAAAGUUUGGUUAGAAGAAGCUACAGCUCAAAGCAGAUAAAACAGACUCGGAAAAUUACAACUGAAAAUUCUAUUUAUGCAUAGAUCAUUGAGGAUAAAUAUAAAUGCAUGUUGAUGUUUGAGAAGCUCUGUGUCUCAGAGUCAGGUAUGACACUUUAGCUCCCUGCUGUGAAAAUUGAGGUGGGAAAAUACAAACAUAUUUGUGGAAAUUUAGAACACAUACCUCAUUUACCCAUGAAUACUGAUAACCUUAAUGAAGCUCUCAACUGAAACAAUUUAAACUACUUCAAUUCAGCAAACAUUCCUAGAAAUUGUUAUGUUUGGCAAGCCUUGGGGACUCCAAAAAGCAAGACAAAUUUCCACUCUAGAAACAUUCAAUAAGCAGGUAAAUGGGCCACUUGUCAACAUUAUAAUUUUUCUUUUCAUCAAGCUAGAGAAAAGGAGAUGUACAUGAAGUUAUGAGGUCGCAUUCAGGUCUUUCUUGCCUGUCCAAGUGAUCUCCUUGGGAAGCUGUGCUCUUAGAUCAAUGAUGCAGCCAUUGUUUACAUGUUUGUCUUUCCUUGGGAUUACCUUCAGAAACCACUUAUGAGCUCUGGGAGGAAUCAGUUGUAUUUCAAAGACAAUUUCAGGAUGAAAUUUCAAAGUUCAAUGACAGCAUCAUGGGCAACACAGAGAGCCUCCCCUCAGAAAGAAUGUGUUCCUUGUCCUGGUUGUCCUUUGAUGAGAGCAAUUGGCAAAUUUUGAGCCCAAAUUUUCAACAGGUCAAACUUAUGCUGGGAAACUGAGGAUUUAGGAUCUCUGUGUUAUAAACCUGGCUGUCAAUAAUGGGUUGGCAGACAGAUACACCUACUAAGAAGAUCCAGAUUUCCACACUUGAAGCUGUCAGUCUGUAACUUUUAGGGAUAUAAAAAAAGUUCAGGUCAUUUUGGGGAAACUCUGUAUCUCAUCAGGAUUUAAAUUUCUAGGCCCUUGCUAGGGAUGGAAGCUCUUAAAAUCUAAUUUCCGUUCUUAGAUGAAAAAACAAAAACCUAGUUCACAGGAAAUUAACUGUCAUAAGCCAUACUGCCAGCAGGGGGACGAGGCAGGUUGGUGCUAGGUGAGUCAGACGCAGAAGGCCCUAGGAUUCAGACAGAAUGUCCUGGCACAGCCUACUGGAUCUUGAGUCAGGUCCCAUGAGUGGAUAGAGAACCCUUGACUGGAAGGAGGAGGAUGAGGUAGGAGGAGGAGGAAGUCAGGUUUGAACACAAGUCUAGAAAAUGAUGCCAGGGGCCCUGGAGUUUGGGAGCAUGACUCCAUUCUCAAGAAGGCGGAGAGGAGCAUAAGGAACCCACUGCUUAGAAGUGAGGCAAAGUUAGAGCAGGACUAGCAGUAAGACCUGUUUGCUGUGGGGCCUCUGGGCUGCUUGGCUAGGUCUCUUUAUCUUGCUGGACCAAGAGAGAAAGGCCCAGAGGCUCUGAUGAGGUGGAAUCUGUCAGAGAGGUUAAAGGGCCCCAAUUGCCAAGGCUGAUCUGAAAUGGGUAGGGAGCUAAGCUCACCCAAACAUCAACAGAUUAAUAUUCUCUUCUUAGCUUUCAUCACAUUCUACAUGCAUUGGCCUCAGGAAACACCCACACCCACACACACACAGAGCUCUUGAACUCAAAGAAGCUGUGCUCUCAGGGAAGUGCAAAUAUUUUGCUUAUAGCUGUGAAAAUAGAGCUUUGCUAUUUAUGAAAGUCCUUGAGGUACUGUUGUUAUUUACUUAUCCUACUUGAUUUUGAAAAAGAACAAUACUCAGUAAAAUUUUCAAAGUGAGUAAACACCACUGGAAUUUCUUAUGUAAAGUCCUAACUUGGGAUUGCAAAAGCCUUUUUCUCCUUCGUAUCUGAUCUGGGUGUUGUAUGAGAUCUCCUCAUUUGAGGAGUCAACUUUCAUGGAAAUCUGUAAAUAUCUCAAACGUGGCUACUGCAAAACUAAUUUUGACAGGUCAGAUUUUCAUAUUUUUAGAUAAAAAUAUUAACAAAAUCCUUAGUUAACCAAAUCCUUCAAGCAUUUUGGUUACAUGAAGUUGUAUUUUUGUUUUUUAAGUGAUCAAACUAAAGAUACCAUUUAUGGGUAAAAAUCAAAUAAAGUUUUUAUUUAUUCAGUA